AUGGCAGUGAACUCGAUCACGGACGGCCUCAAGGCCGUCUUGAGCCCAGUUGCCAUCGUUUACUUUAUUGGCCUUUGGUUCGCCUACUAUAUCCUGGUCGCCCUGUACAACAUCUCUCCUUUCCACCCUCUGGCCCGCUUUCCGGGGCCCAAGAUCGCAGCUGCGAGCUACCUGUAUGAGGCUUACUAUGACUGGAUAAGGCAGGGCAGGUAUGGAAAAGUUAUUGCACGGAUGCAUGAGCAGUAUGGCCCCAUUGUCAGAAUCAACCCCGAUGAGCUUCACUGCUCUGAUCCCCACUUCACCGAUGAGAUCUAUGCCGGCCCGGGUCGCAUCCGCGAUAAGUGGCAGCAUCAGCUCAAUACCGGCGGCGCCGGUCCCGUGUCGGUGACCGGCUUCUCCACCGUCGACCACGAGGUUCACCGCAUGCGCAAGGGCGCGUUGUCCAAGUUCUUUUCUCGCCAGCAAAUGUUGAAGCUUGAGGGUGAGGUCCAGGAGUUCGCCGAACUUGCUGUCGAUAAGAUGCUUCGCUCGGCCGGCAAAGAGCCCUUCGAUGUCAAGGAGGCUUUCAACUGCUUCACCGCCGACAUCAUCUCGCAAUACGCUUUCGGUGAGCCCAUGGGCUUCCUCGCGCAGGAGGGAUGGGAACCCAACUUCGCUACCUGGGUCAAGUCCUUCUUCAAGAGCGCUUACAUGAUGAGACACAACGCCCUCGGCAGGAAGAUGGCCCAGGUGCUUCCCAUGAUGGCUGAUUACAUGGGCGAGGACAUCAAGGCCGUCAUGAGACAAAUGAAUGUUGUCAUUCCCGGAUACGUCAAGGCAGCUCUGAACAACCCUGAGAACGGCAGAGUCUUUGCCGACCUCAUGGAGUCUAAGACGAUGCCUGAAUCUGAGAAGUCCUUGUACCGUCUUUCCGGAGAAGGCUUCAACUUCUUGCUUGCCGGCACUGAGACCACCGCCGCCACCCUCACCGUCAUCACCUACUACCUCCUUGCCCAGCCAGCAACUUAUGCCCGCCUGAUGCAGGAACUGCAGGGUCUUGACCCGUCGAAGCUCAAGUGGACCGAGCUCGAGCAGAAGCCUUUCUUGUGGGCCGUGAUCCAUGAGUCCCUGCGCGUGAUGCCUGGUGUUUCCCACCGCUCGGCUAGAAUUGCUCGUGAGGAGGACCUGGUUUACAAGACCCGUGACGGCAAGAAGGAGUGGGUCAUUCCCAGGGGCACCCCAAUCGGCAUGACCUCCAUGAUCAACCACUGGGACAAGGAACUUUUCCCUGAUCCCGACGAGUUCAGCCCUGAACGUUGGUUGAUCGAUGGCAAGCCCAACUACAAGCUGCAGAAGUACCUGAUUGCAUUUGGCAAGGGUAGUCGGUCUUGCAUUGGCGAGAACUUGGCGUAUUGCGAAGUCUACAUCAUGGCAGCCUUGAUGGCGUUGCGCGUCAUUCCCAGAUCGAAACUGUAUGACACGACGGUGGAGGAUAUCUCCUACGACCAUGACUUGAUCGUUGUCCAAACCAAGAAAGGAUCUAUUUCUGUCAAGAUCCAGAUUGAGUGA